UCAUUGUCGCUCUCUACAGGACGAGCCGCACUCUUCGUUUUUGCCAAACUACCAAAGAAUAUGAAGUUUGUUCUGUGCCUUGCAGCUCUAGUAGCUGUCUGCUACUCACAAGACUCCAAGCACACUCGACCCAAGGUUCAGGUGUACAGCCGCGACCCUGGAAAGUUCGGCAGUAAGAACGUCCUGAUUUGUCAUGUGAGUGGCUUCCACCCACCUGACAUCACCAUACAGCUUAUGAAGGAUGAAGCGGAACUCCCUAAUGCCAAUCAGACUGACCUGGCCUUCAAACAGGGCUGGCGCUUCCAUCUGACCAAGAAUGUGGCCUUCACACCCCUGGAUGGAGAGAAGUACAGCUGCAGGGUCACUCAUGGGCAGAAAGUUAGCAACUAUGCCUGGGAGCCAAACAUGUAACUCAUCUGUCCUCAGCUACAGCAGCAUCUAUCAUUCACAUCUCUAAUCAACAGGAUCAACAGAAGGUUGGAGUUAUUCCAACCUUCUUACCUUUCUUUUCACAAUCAUAAACAGCAGUACCAUAUGAAGAGGACUUACAAUCACCAUUAUAUUCUGAGAUAAUUCAUGGGCUCCAGGUUAUUUAGUUAUCUAUCUGUUUAGAUUGCUAAAAUGGUUUAGAUUACAACUUAUUUUCCGCUCUUUGAUACUGAUAAGUGUGUUUAUAUUAAACUAAUGUAGUGAGAAAUGCCUUUGCCUUUUCACCUUUCUUUUUUUUAAAGGCUUGAACUGUUUCUUCUACCUAAAUGGGGCAAUUAAGUGAUAAUAAAACAUGAAUGGGGGUUUCUUUCUGGACUAUAAAUGUGUGUUGUAUAAUUUGGAUUUGCUAUUUAAAGAAUUUGUUCAUGCCCUCUAUGAAAUAAAUGCCUCUA